AUUUCUCAUCGUUUGCUUGUUUUCUCCUCAACAGGACAAGCCUGUCCGGCGGGUACCGAAGUGCUACACGUUUGCCAAGCUGGAUCCAAACAAGGCCCAUCAAUACAUGUGGAUGGGUCCACGGCCAGGGACUUCCAUGGACAAUGCGUGUGUGAGGUGCAUGCCGUUGGUGGGCCGGUUGUUGUCAAGAUGUCAGCUCCGGUGGUCCCAUCUGCCGAGUGCGGCUCUCUGAUAUAUUCUACAGAGAUUGGCUUUACUGCUCAUUGUGGUAAUACGGUGCAAACUGUGUCUGGCAGUAUUGGGACUGAACAAAACGCUUACCUCACUAUUGCAACGGAAACGGAUAGCGCAAAUCCUGAUUAUUGUGUGAAAGUGGAGAAAGAAUCUGGAGAGGGACAAGUUAAAGUCGUCUGUACGGAGAUCCAGCAAGCGGACCGGGCAAACAAAGCAACUACACCUCCCACUACUACUAGUUCAGGAAGUGACACCACUUCUAGCACCGGAGUGGACACUACUUCCAGCUCCGGAGUGGACACUACUUCCAGCUCCGGAGUGGACACUACUUCCAGCUCAGGAGCAGCCACCACUACUAGUUCAGGAGCAGCCACCACUACUAGUUCAGGAGCAGCCACCACUACUAGUUCAGGAGCAGCCACCACUACUAGUUCAGGAGCAGCCACCACUACUAGUUCAGAAGCAGCCAUCACUACUAGUUCAGGAGCAGCCACCACUUCUAGUUCAGGAGCAGCCACCACUUCUAGUUCAGGAGAAUCCACCACUUCCAGUUCAGGAGCAGCCACCACUUCUAGUUCAGGAGGGGAGACAACAUCGAGUUCAGGAGACAACACGACUUCUAGUUCAGGAGGCGACACAACAUCAAGUUCAGGAGGGGAGACAACAUCGAGUUCAGGAGACAACACGACUUCUAAUUCAGGAGGAGGCACAACCUCUAGCUCUGGAGAGACCACUUCUAGCUCAGCAGGUGCCACAAAUUCUAGUUCAGGGGGAGAGACCACUUCAAGCACAGGAGGGAACACGACUUCUAGUUCAACAAACGUCACAACGUCUAGUUCAGGAGGAAACACCACUUCUGUUCCAGCUGUGAACACUACUUCUGUUCCAGCAGUGAACGGCACAACUGGUUCAGGAGGAAGUGGAAAUGGAACCUCAUCUAAUUCAACAAUGAGCGGAAACUGUUCAGAUGCCAGCGGAUCAAAAGCAAAUUGUACGGGAAAUACGAGUGAACUGACAAGUCCUGGAAGCUCAAAUAGUUUGGAAAGCCCAAUCGUUCUUGGAACAUUAGGAGGAAUCAUAGCUCUCCUGGUGAUCCUUGGCGCCAUUGUUUACUUGAGGGAUAGAGCUCGUGCGAGGAAAAUAGCAGAGACAGCGAGGCAAAACCGUAUCAGGCACAGCUACGAACGAAUGUAGUCAUCGGAGUUGGUUUGCUUAAUCUUAAAGUGCCAUUGUUUCUUAAAUAUGACAUAAUUAAAGACAGAUGUGUUAUUUACAUUUUAUAUAACUCAGCGGUGCUAUUGGGUUUGCUAUGAUAUAUGUUUUUUUGUAACAAGUAUAUCGUUAUGUGUUCUGCCAAGCACAUUUCUCAGAUAUUGUGACAUAUACAACUAUAAAUAAAACGAUGUAAUAAUACAUAACUGUAAUUACCACUUUAAAGCACUUCUUGCACAAAUGAAUAUGAUACUAUUAUUGCCAUUGGGAUUUGUUCAGUUCAGCAAUUCAUGCAUGUUUAGUAUGAUUAAUUGUUUCCUUGGACCAGUUUACAAGACGUAGUACUUAAUUAUACACACAGAGACACAGGUAGCCCCGUCGACUAAGGUGACCUAAUUCAAUGUGAGGAAAUGCGUCAGUUUUCCAGACCAGAACCAUGAUGGGUUCGAAUCACUACUUGCUCCGGCUGUGCUUCUUGCUCUUUUUCAACGCCAUAUUCGUACUUACGGGCUUCAACAAAGUGCUAAACCUGCAUCACUUCUUGCUUUAAACGUACAUUAAGCUGACAUGCUGUGAUAUAAAUGGAAUAUUGUUAACUCGCAUAGUGAGCCAAAUGAUAAUUGAAUUUUCAUGUUUGGCACAAACUGGAAAGACCAAGUCAGGAGAAGAAGUUUUGAAAUAAUCACGGCAUUAUGCUAAAUCUUGUUGUGCCAGUCCCAGCAUUAAUUAGUAAAUGACUGGAACCUUUCAAUGGUUGUGUUGCUAAAUGUUGUAAUCGAUACGUGCAAAUAAAUCUGUCUUCUAAUA